CAGAAGCAUCAUUUGUCCUUGAGACACACUGCAAUUCCAAACACAGCCAAUCAUUCAGCUGCUUCCAUUCCCAUUUUCUGACAACCAUCCUGAAACAAGGAUCCACCCUCUCUUUGCUGAAAGCUGGUUUGCUUGCUACCAGGCUCUGACAUUUGGAAUAUGUCUGAAGUGAAAAACAAUGUGGAUUUCAUCCAAUUGCUUGAACCUGACAUGUCAAUAAAGAUUCUAAACCAUUUGGAUGAUCCUUGUGACCUUGUUCGUGUUUCUAUUGUUUCCAGUUCUUGGCACAGAUUUGUUAUUGAAAAUGGCCUUUGCAAGCGACUUUGCUUAAGAAUGUUUCCUGAAAUAUCUCAUGUUGCUCAUAGCAUUGAGCUAGGAAACAUGAUUGAACCAGUAUGUAACGUGCUUGACAAUUGGGAGUGUCUUAAGAGAAAUCAUAAAGUGUACGCAUUCCUGGCUUCUGGUCUGACUCCUACUUGGAAAAAUUGCAUCUCAGAAGCAAUUAGUGCAUCCAGCACUGAUAACUACCCUGAAGAAAGCAUUCAGAAUACUUUGGAGCCUAGGGAUAGAACUGAAAAUAGAUUAUUAUACUGGUCAAGUAAAGGAGAAAGCGAUCCAUCUGUUCCUGAGACUUUAGGUUAUCAGCUUAUUUCCAAACUAUGUCUUGUUACAGAAAUUCAUGUCCAACCAUUCCAAGCGUAUUUUCAGCAUGGCUUCCCUAUAUAUUCAGCUAAGGCUGUCCGGUUCAGAAUGGGCCAUCCAAGAUACCCAAUGGAAUUAGAGAGUUUAGUAGCUGAUGAUAUGGCUGCUAACCGCAUGCUAGGGGAUAGCCAAUUCAUAUGGACAUAUACUUCACCUGAAUUUCCAAUGUUUCAGGAAAACCGCUUGCAAAAAUUCAAGCUACCUGAACCUGUCCUGUCAAUUGGAGGUGUGCUGCUUGUUGAGCUAUUGGGAAGAGUUCAAAAACAAGAAAUGGAUGAAUUGUUCUACAUAUGCAUCUCCCAUGUUCAAGUUGUGGGGCAGCCGCUUUCACCCGCAUUUGAUAUUAAAAUUCAUCACCCAUCAGGAAAGUGUACCCUGAAAUACUUCCCUCAAACCGAUUGGUGUGUGCCUUCAACAUCAUCACCGACAAUAGAGUCAAACAAUCCUUCGCGCCUGCGGUCAUUAAUGCAGAGUGGUGUUAGACGUUGGGAGCAGAUUAUCUUGGGUGCACUGCUUGGUUCUGGAUCUGUUGCAGUUGAUGAUUAAUACAGUGCAGGGAAUCAAGUAGCUCAAUUCUCAGAAGACAUUUUAAAAACUGUGUACUUGUGAGUGAGAUUUGGUUGGCAGAUAAGAUAUCACCUCAAAUUUGUGCAAACCUCUGUAGAGUAUAUGGUCUGCACAGUUGUAUCAAUUUCUCAUUUCUCAAAAAUCAAUUCUUUAAAGUUUUUCCUCAUAAUUGAUUGACUUUAAAAUCAAUUGUAAAAGAA